GCAGACGUGGUCUCAUGAUGGGCAUUUGGAAUGCCCACACGAGUGUUGGGAACAUUUUGGGGUCCAUCAUCCCAGGCGCCGUCAUUUCCUAUGGAUGGGGGUGGUCGUUCAUUGUUCCCGGCGCCAUCAUUGCCUUCCUGGGCAUCCUCGUCUUCUUCACCCUCGUCGAAUUUCCUGAGGACCUUGAUCUGCCCACACCGGAAGAAGUUGACAACCAGGAGAAGGGCGAGAGCACGCGGUUGUUGGACGUCGCACAGCCAGCACAAAAAGUUGUCCACCGCCCGAUCAAAUUCCUCGAUGCACUUCGCAUUCCCGGCGUUGUUGAGUUUGCGCUGAGUUUGUUCUUCUGCAAGCUUGUUGCAUACACCUUCCUCUUCUGGCUACCUUUCUACAUCAAGCACAACCCGGUGGGCGGGCGGUCGCUGUCGUCGGAGGAGUCUGCGUAUCUGUCGACGCUCUUCGACGCGGGCGGCAUUCUCGGCGGGACACUUGCUGGCUAUGUCUCUGAUCUGAGCAGAAAACCGGCUGUCGUCAGCUUUGUGUAUCUCAUCAUCAGCGUCCCCAUUCUGCUGGUGUACAGCUGGUUCGGUGCUGACAGCUACGGGCUGACCGUCGGGCUGCUGCUGCUGUGCGGCUUCUUUGUCAACGGGCCAUAUGCACUCAUCACCACCGCCGUGUCGGCAGAUCUGGGCACGCACGAGUCGCUGGCAGGAAAUCCGUUGGCGCUGGCGACGGUCACGGCCAUCAUUGACGGCACGGGGUCAAUCGGUGCUGCGCUCGGCCCGUAUCUCGCAGGCGCUAUGCCGAAAUGGACGGAAGUGUUCUACAUGCUCAUGGGCUCACUCGGCGCAGCGGCAGUGCUGCUGGUUCCGACGAUUGUGCGAGAGGUGCGAGAGAGCAGACGACAACGAACACAGCACGUCUUCAUCGUCAACCAAGCGUGAUACCAACCCAUCCAUCGCAGGAGCAACAACGAUGGUGCUUGCGUGUGCGCAUUGUGUGUGUGUGUGUGUGCGUGUGUGUGUUUGUGCUGGCGUAUGUCCGUCUGUCCGUCUGUCCAUCCGUCUGUCCGUCCGCUGUGUAUGUGUCCGUCUGUCUGUCUCUUUGCCUCUGUUUUGUCUGCUGCCCCUUUCCCUGUGCUGUGCUGUCCUUUCAUUGCCCAUCAUUCUCUCUCCUCUGCUCUUUGUUCACUUUUCCUCCUCGGCUUGCUCGCUUCCUCGUAUGUAGUAGCUCUUUGUUCAUUCA